AUGAAAUGCAACAUAAGAGAACUCGCUGUUGUGAGUGACAAACCAUGCACUAUGGAAGGGAGACUGAACUAUAAGAAAGUGUCUGGAAACUAUCGCAAUCAGACAGUUUUUAAAGAGCGAUGGUUCAGACUAAUUAAUAACUACUUGUUUUACUUCAAAAUAAGUGAAAUGGGGAAAUUUGACACAAAGCAACCAGCAGGUGUAUUUGUUAUGGAGAAUUCUUCUGUGCAAAUGGAACAUGGUCAUCAUAUAUCUUUUUCAUUUUCUAUUUCCUUCAUAGAUGAACCUGAGAAGAGACAUAUAUUUGCAGCUCGAAGUGAAGAUAAUGUUGUGCAAUGGGUUUUGAAGCUAAGACAGUGUUCAUAUGAAUACCUUCGAAAUCAGCUACAUACUCUUCAGUCAAAAGUUUAUUCUAUCACUGGCAAGGAUCCGUUGUUAUUGGUACCACGAAACGAAGGCGCUUGUUUAUGGGCGCCCUCUAUACCAUUUUCGACUGCUCCAGCCUGUACGGUCAACACUAGUUCAUUCAGUUGCCACUUACACACUAACGGAGCUUUCACUCUUGAGAGAAGCAAAUCUGAUGUUGAGGCUCACAAGCAUUUAAGAUCAGAUUAUCAGACAAAAACAAUGUUUUACACUGAUGAUAUAAGCAAGGAAUCUGAAGAAAAACAUAGAGUUUAUUCAUUAGAGAAAAGUAAAACAUCAAUUCUGACAUCGAGCUUAAAUCCAAUAGACAUAUCAAUUUUUGAUAAUAGGCCUUUAUACUCGAGAGCUGCACCUAGUCCUCCGGUAAGAACCAAGUUUUCACCGAGCAGCCGACGUUCCGACAAAGAUAUAAAAUUUUUUACAGACCAAGGAAAAAGCUUAGGACAUACUAGUAUAUUAGAAAAUGCACCAAUUCCACCAAAACGGAAAAUAUCGCCAAAGCAAUCUGAUACACCAUCUGAAGUAGUAAACAAUAUAAGCCAGGUAUCCUCUACCAAGUCCAGUGAAGAUUUAAUUCAGUUUUAG